AGGCAAACACACACACACGCGCGUGUAUACAAACGCGUACGCACACUGACACACUAACACGGACGCAUCACCACACUGCCAUCACCGUCCGGUGCGAGACGACUACUACCCAUUUCUCUUUUCUGUCCUAUUUUUUUCUCCUUUCCCGACCGUCUUCUUCUCCGCACACUUUUCGCACCACCGGUUACCACGCGCUUUCCGGCCACCGCCCCCCGCAAAUUCGCGCACACAUCAGUAAACGACGUACAAACAACCGCCCUUACUUUCUUCAACAUGUCGUCCUGGCAAGAUUACGUCGACAAACAUUUGCUGGCAUCCAGGUGCGUCACCAAAGCCGCGAUCGCCGGCCAUGACGGCAACGUGUGGGCCAAGUCCGACGGAUUCGACGUAUCAAAAGAGGAAUUGAGCAAAAUAGCUCUGGGCUUUGAAAAUCAAGAUACAUUAACAUCUUCAGGCAUUACAUUGGCAAGCGUUCGCUAUAUUUAUUUAUCGGGCACUGACAAAGUUAUAAGAGCUAAACAAGGAAAAGUUGGAGCUCAUUGUGUGAAGACUCAACAAACGAUUGUUGUUUCAUUAUAUGAAGAUCCGGUUCAACCACAACAGGCUGCAUUGGUAGUUGAAAAACUUGGAGAUCAUUUAGUUGCCCAUGGUUAUUAAAAGAAUUAAUUAUUUACAGUGCAACGAAAAAUAUAACACGGAGUUCGCCAAGAACAAGACUACCAUGCAAUAUUUAUUAAUUUUUAUUAAUAUUAAACUAUGAUAAAUUGAUUCUAUUAAAUAAUUUUAUUAUGAUUAAAAUCAAUAGAUUUAAAUAAUUCUCAAAUUGUACUGUACUGAAGCCAUGUUAAAAUUUUAAGUCUUGUUCUUGUAAGAAAAUGAAGAAAAUAUAUCCCCAGUAAUAAGCAUUUUUAAAAUUUGUAUUUAACUUAGUAAUUACUUUAUUUUUAACUAUCAUUUUAAAUAAUAAGUCAUGAAAUUAUUAUUCUAAAUAAACAAUAUUUUAUUUUGAGUA